AGAGAUACUGUUUGGUCUUCUGAGCCAUCACAUGAAUACUCUUCUCCUGGACCUCAUGAUGUUUUACAUCAUAUUUGAUACUGUUCAGAGAUUAUGUAGAUGCAUAUUGAUGUGUGUACAGUUUAUGCUUUAAAGUCUGAGUUCAGAGCCAUGGAUUUGGCACAGAGCUAGGAAGAAGAGGUUUUUCUAAGUGCAUGUUUGGGGAAGAUCUGUUUCAGGAAAUCUUAAACCACACAGAUAUUCGUGCUGUGGAAUGUAAGUUUUUACUGUUUUCCCUCUUAUUUUAUGUACUUAAGACAAAUUAAUAUCUUAAAACAGUUUUGGGGGGGAUAAGCACAUUCCUUGAACAAAGUACAUCUGACUGCAUUUAUAGUGAGAGUUGAAAUUACUGCGUGCUGUCUGUCUGUCCUUGUGCAGGGUCAUACCCCCCAGUGCAGGGUGAGCUGUUCCUCACUCAGUGACUUGGGAUUGCCACUUGCAUUAGUGCAGCCAGCAGUAAGGGUUUGUGUACUGGCAGUGGCUGCCAUAGGGCAUUAGACACUCAACUGGUUGUUACUUUACGGCAGCUUUGGUGUCCCAGUCCUAAUGUCGCCCCUGCCUUGGGUUAAUAAUGUUCAGAAUAAUUUAGAUAUGCAUGUUGAUUUUACAGCACUUAAAACAUUUGCCACUUGAAUCAGGCAUGCUGGCUUGGCUGUUGAGGGGAUUAUCUGAAGAGCGAAGGUGAAGGGUAAGCGACAAGCAGGGCUCGGCGCCCUGCUGGCCGUGCCUCUUGUGUUGGCAGCAGACAGCGGGGUGUUGGCAUGAGGCCGAUGGAACUGGCCAGUGGAGGGGAUGAAAAGUGCCAUGGAGGCAGAGUUAGGUUUAGAUGAGAGCUCAGCAGCACGCGAAACUCAGUCUCAGUGUUCUGACACUAACCCAAGGUUACAUAGAUCCCUGAAGAUGUGUGGCUCAAACUGCUUCAAACUGUCUGAACAUUUGUUAUUUAACUGCUGAAGCUUUCCUACCAUUUGCUUUCCUCCUGAAGCCUUAAUCCUGUUGAAGGAUCAGAAUUGGGUACUAUGGAAUCAAGACCAGCUAAAACAUGAGAAGAUAUAUUCAAGAUGAUCCAGCCAGAAGAUUUUUCACUUCAUAAAAAUAUUAUUUUUGUUUAAUAUGUAAUAUAAUUCGACAAAGCAAAAUUCAGUUACUUUUCUUGAAAUUAGGACGUGUCUGUGGCCUUCAUCAGAAAUGUUUCUAACAUUUUCAAGGAAGAAUAUGUCCCAGAAACUGAGUAUGUUUUUACUAGUCUUUGGAAUCAUUUGGGGUUUGAUGUUGCUACGCUACACAUUUCAGUAUCCAAGACGCCAAAGCAGCGCUGAGUUGCGUGGACAGAUAUUAGAUCUCAGUAAAAGAUAUGUCAAAGCACUGGCAGAAGAAAAUAAAAACCUAAUGAAUGGUGGUGGUGGAGCCUCUAUGUCAGGAUAUGCUGAUCUUAAGAGAACAAUUGCUGUUCUUCUGGAUGACAUCUUGCAACGCCUGGUGAAAUUGGAAAACAAGGUUGAUUACAUCGUUGUGAAUGGCUCAGCAACAAAUAACACUAAUGGAACUAACCAUCAGGUGCCAGUGACUUCAAAUAAACGUGUAAAGCCAGCAAGCAACAUUAGAUAGCAAACAGGGCCACUUUGUGUUGCUACAUCAUUGAUGGAUAAUAUUUAAGAUAAGCUUUUUGUCUCUGGUUAGGGCAAAGCAGUAGUUGACUCUAAAACAAGCGUAAACUAUUGUAUUCUACAAUGUGCUUGGAUCUGUGUAGGCCUAACAUGUGCUUAGGUUCUCAAAGCAUUAUUUCAUUGCCUUUGAGCAGUGCUUCUGAAGUGAUCUUUGUUGUCUCUAAAGAUAUUUUGAUAUGAUUUGAUGUAGUAGGUCAUUGGAUAAUUACAAUACGUGGAAAGCAACAGGAAACUUAUAGGUAGGUUUCUAAAUAUAUUUAUUUAAGUAUGACUAUAACAUAUCUUUUGGAUAGGUGAGCAGUAUUGUAGCUUAUUCAUUUUUUGUGAUCUGCAUUAGGCCAAGGUAACUGAGGAAAAUGUGUUGCUAAACAGAUGCUAGAAGAUGUGUACACUUAAAAUAUUUUCUUACUUAUUUACUAAAACAAUAUUAAAUUGAGGAUAGCAAUGGUGGUAAUAUUUUAAAAUUGUGACCCAAAGAAUGUCUUUAUUUGCACUAUCUUGUCAGAAUAGUUAAAGAGAAUUUACUGUAUAUUUAAGAAAAUUUAUUAUAAUAGGAAAACAUUCUAGGUAGUAACACUGUCCAGGUUUAUCUUUAUGCCAGAGAUAGGGCAGUUAGAUUAUCAAAAGCAAAUCAUCAUCUGUGAUAUCUUAGAUGAUUAUUUCUUAAAAAGAUAUUUAAGUAUAUGUAUUUUGUAACUGCAGAUAAAAUUAUUUAAGUGAUGGAAAUAAGUUUUGGAUGUGUGAAUACAAUUUAUUUUUAUUCAUUGCUGUUUGUUAUUAACAUUUUAAUGCCUUGCAGUUUGUGUUUGGAAAAGCACACCAUCUCCCUGAAUUGCAUUCUUGAUCAGAAGAAAAGCAAUGAAGGGAAACAAGGCAUCUCUGCAUUUAACAGAACUAUAUGUACUAAGGGUGUCUAAUCACGGCAUAUUUGAGAGCUAAGGUAAUGUUUGCCUUAUGUCUAAGUCAGCCUUACAGCAAAGUGAACUGCAUGCAGUGUGGGUGCACUGUAUCUCAAAUGUUACUGAAAUCAUGUUGAAGUGCCACUGAACCUGUUUUUUAAACUGUACUGAAUGUUUGAGGGGCACAGAAUGUUCAGAGACUUUUGCCAAAAGUGUCCUGUAAGUGAACUUUUGGGGAUGAAUAAAACCAGAGGCGCUGGGUGAUAUACCAGGCAAAGUUAUGUGAUUUUUUCCUUUCUUCUGUUUCCCUGCUGAUAAUCUCGAUGGUUAUAAAAGAAAAUACAAUUGCAAUCUUAGUUAGUACUUCUUUAGUAUCCAGAUGAUUUUUUUUGUCACAUUGUGUGUAAACAUGUACUCACUUCAAUGCAGAAAGAGAAAAAUAAAUUUUUAAUUGCACUUGUAAA